AUGGUUCCCCCACAGGAGGAUGGCUGGGGAGAGGGCGUCUGCCCCAUCUGCCAGGAGCUCCCGAAGGACGCUGUGAGCACCGAGUGCGGACACCACUUCUGUCGAGGGUGCCUGGCUCGGCACGUGGUGAAGGCCUCAGCCUCCGGAGUCCUCCGCUGUCCCCUGUGCCGGAAGCCCUGUUCCGAGGGGGUGCUGGGGGCGGGCUACCUCUGCUCCAGCCACCAGAAGAAGGUGUGCUAUUUCUGUGAGGAGAGCAGACUUCUUCUGUGCGGGGAGUGCCUGGUGUCGCCUGAGCACCAGGGGCACCAUGAGCUGGCCAUUGAAGACGCGCUCAGCCACUACAAGGAACGGCUCAGCCGCAGGAGGAGGAGACUCCGAAGAGACCUGAGGGCGCUCUGCCGGCUCAGAGCGCAGGAAGAGGAGAAGCUGUGGGCAGUGCAGCAGUGGCCAGACCCGCUGGAGAACACGCCGGCCCCGGGUGCCAGAAUCCUGGACGUGUCGCGGGCCACAGCGCAGCUCCGCAGCCUGGUCGCAGCUCUGGACAAGACCACCAAGGGACUGGGUGUGGACACUCUGAAGGAGGCCAGAGACUUACUGGACAGGAGCGCACCACAGAAAUUAGAGGCUGUGUACCCCCAGCUGGAGAAAAGAAUCCAGCCCCCAUCCAGCCCCCCACGAGGUCAGCCCAGGAUGUCCUCACCACCCCCAUCUCCCGAACGUGAGCCCCUGAGCUCAUCCCCGCAGCUGGGACCCGAUGCCCGAGCGUCGGACCCAGGCACAGGGGUCACGGCCUCCUUCCCGAGCUACGCUCCUGCUCACGGCUGCCCCCACACGCGUCAGGGCCCAUGGCCUCCGCUCAGUCUGAGAGCAGAUGGUGGUACCCUCACGAUGUACUAG